AUGGCAACUAAUUCUCAAUCGUUUCAAUCUGGAACGAUUCACAAUACCGCACUUAGUUACAAUGAUCCCUACUUCAUUUCAUCAAAUGACAAUUCUAAUGCUCAAUUAGGUCAUGUUGUUUUCACUGGAAACAAUUACAUCAAUUGGCAUCGGAGUGUUACUAUGGCGCUUGGCGCUAAGAACAAACUCGGAUUCACGAACGGAUCUCUCGUUCGUCCAUCUGAUGAUUCUGAGGAUCUGGAAAAGUGGAUCAGGAAUGAUUAUAUGGUGUGCAGCUUGUUGAUUAACUCAAUUGAUAAAUCAAUUGCAGAGAGCUUCAUGUUUGUCUCUUCAGCACAGGAAUUAUGGUCUGAGAUCGCUGAAAGGUAUGGUCACUCUACUGCUCCACAGCUGUAUGAUUUGCAUAAGAAUCUCAUGUCAGUUCAACAAAAUGAUGAUUCUAUUGCUCAGUAUUAUAAUAAACUCAAGAAAGUUUGGGAUCAAUUACAUGUGCUUGAUCCAUUGCCUAUCUGUACGUGUGGUAUUUUACUUAAAUGUUCUUGUGGAUUCCUUAAGAGAAUCGUUGAGGGUGAACAAUUGAAGAAAUUGAUUCAAUUCAUUGCUGGAUUGAACAAGUCUUAUGAUCAGGCUAAGGUCAACAUAUUGAGUAUGGAUCCUUUGCCUUCUGUUAACAAAGUAUAUCAUAUGUUACAACAAAUUGAGAGACAGAAUGCCUUGGCUAAUUCUCAAACUCUAGAAAUGAGUGCUUUGAUGACUGUCUCUAAUAACAGUAAUUUUCAGAAUUCUAAAUUUUCUGCAAAGAAAGAUGUUAAGGAUUCAGCUGUUAAUAAAAAUAAACUUGACAGAUUCUGUGAGUUCUGUAAAAUGAAAGGACAUUUGAAGGAAUCAUGCUUCAAAUUAGUUGGAUAUCCUGACUGGUAUAAAGGCAAAACUUCUGAUACUUCUUCAAACACAGUGACACAAAAGUCAAAUCAGAGAUUAGCUGCAAAUGUUCAGGAGUCUCCAUUGGAUUUUUCUGUUCAGGAUUCAUCUUUUCCAGUUGAUGAUUCUCAUCAUCUUGGAUUAUAUAAGGACUUUAUGAAAUUUAUGCAGAUGAAUCAAUCUGCACAUUCUUCUACAGAUUCACACUCUAUUGUGAAUUUUGUUGACACAAUUCCUGAUUCUCAAGCUAAUUCUGUUACUGUGGCUUCAAACAGCUUGGUUUGGGUAAUUGAUACAGGGGCAAGUGAUCAUAUGGCUAUUUCUCUUGAUGUUUUCAUCAAUACUGAACAGCUGAUUACACCUUUACUGAUUGUUUUGCCUGAUGGUACAGUUAAGCAUGUGAGGACUGUUGGUACAGUUUCUCUGAAUUCUGACAUUACUUUGUCAAAUGUUUUCUACAUUCCUGAGUUCAAGCAUAAUUUGCUCUCUGUUGCAAAGCUUUUAGAUCAACAUGAUUUACUAUGUGAGGAUGUUUCUAGUAUAUUUGUAGAUAUCAGAUUCAAUGAAUUCCUGAUGAUCAGAUUACUAUGUUCAUGA